AUGGAUUCGUGUCCAACUGCCAAGGAGUUGCUUGAUCGCGUCGACUAUGAUAUCUCGCAGCUGCUGCAGCGGUUCGAAAAUAUCGUCGCCAUUGCUGCCAACAAGUUCGACGGCACCAGUCACGUUGAUGCUGCUGUAGAAGCAUUCCAGAUUGAUGUAGAAUCCACUGCGCUGAUCCGUGCCUCGGAGGACCUGCUCGCCUUGCACCGUCUCAUGAAGGAGCUCUGGCUCUUCGGUAAGCUCGAUACUCUUGGCGAAGACGAGCGGGAUGUCCAGCGUCGUGAAAAGCUCGAGGAGGAUGUGACGGCCAUCCAGAGCGCACUUGACAAAGGAUUGUUGAUGCCAUCGUCGGAUGAACCUGAGGACCACGAAACGGAAGACCCUGAGAAUUCCAAGAACUCUGAGCAAUCCGAUAAGUAA